CUUCUGUGGGACACUGCAGGCCAGGAGAGAUUUAGGUCCAUAUGUAAGUCUUAUAUGAGGAACUCUGUGGGCUGCAUCCUGAUGUUUGACGUCUCGCAGCGACAGACGUUUGAUCGUGUGGGCAGCUGGCAGCAGGAAGUCCUGGACUAUGUGAAACCGAACCCGAUGUUCUUCGUGCUUGUGGGUCACAAAUGUGAUCUGGCCGUGGGACGACAGGUCAGGAAGAGUGAAGGAGACGCUCUGGCUAAAAAACUCAACAUGCUGGCUUAUCUUGAGGUGUCUACAAAAGAGAACAUUAACGUCAGCGAGGCGUUUGAGAUCUUGACCAGAGGCAUAUAUAACCUCUUCCAGCAAGGCAAAAUACCCACCCGAGAUGACUGGCAGGGGUUAACGGUUGGGGCCACCAUUAAAGAAGAGCCACCUGUGAUCAAAAAGUCUACCUUAUGCAACUGCGGAUGACUUUACUGUGAGAUUCAGACUCAGACAAACCUUCCUGGACAAAGUAUUGUAUUGAAAACAUUAUUUAACAUGCAUACUAAAACAGCAUUGAACAGUAUGUAGUUAAAGGGCUCAUAUCAUGAGGAUUAGAAUUUUAGAUAAAAGCAAAUCAGCAAAUUGCGAAAAUAAAUGUAGCAAAGUGCUGAUACUCAAAUGCAAAAAUGGUGUUUACACUUAAGUCUUAAACAGACAAAAACAGAUUUUAAGGGACAGAAAAAUGAAAUACAAAAUUAAAACUGU